GAGAACAAGAAGGGGAACCUUCUUUGUUUACAUCGAAGAGGGUUGGACUCUGAAUCAACCCUUAACCUAAUCAGGCUUGGGCUCUCAGCCUUAGCCAACCAAGGGUUUCAACCCAUAACAGGAUGAACCUCAUCUGCGUACAGACAUGAACUCACUCCCAGGUGUUCGCAUGCCCAUAUACACGGCAACAUGUGCCAGACGAGAGCAACAACCGGCACCUAGCAAAACUUAGCGUUGCUACUCCAAGCUCAUGUCAGGCAGCACUCAACUCAUUAGCGGUGUGUCCGCCAACCAGAAUUCGCAGGUUGUCGCUGGCACUAUCCAUGGAUCUGUGAACUUUAGGAGCAGCGAAAACUUGAACGAUGUGCUCAACUCCCUCCCUACCGCAAAGGACGCGCCGUUCAAUGCAUACCAGCGACAACACGACCCGGCCUGCCUUCCCGAUACCCGCGUCGACCUCCUCCAAGAGAUAUACGACUGGGCUGACGGGCAAGAUGGGCGCUCUCUUUUCUGGUUGAACGGCUUGGCCGGCACGGGCAAGUCGACAAUUGCGCGCACUGUCGCCCGCAGGUACUUCGAUGAGAAGCAUCUCGGAGCCAGCUUCUUCUUCUCGCGCGGCGGUGGGGAUGUUAACCAUGCAGGCAAGUUCAUCACGAGCAUUGCGUGGCAGCUGGCGAACAACAUACCCUCUCUUCAACAGCACAUUUGCGAUGCCAUCAUAGAGCGCCGCGACAUUACGAGUCAGUCCCUCCGUGACCAGUGGCAGCAGCUUAUCCUAGGUCCACUAUUGAAGUUAGGUGAAAGCGGUAGCCAGUCCUCGUACAUACUUAUCGUUGAUGCGCUCGAUGAGUGCGACGGUGAUAAUAACAUCCGGAUUAUCAUACACCUCUUGGCUGAAGCUCGAUUGUUAAAGACGGUUCGACUACGAGUCUUACUAACGAGCCGACCUGAGAUUCCAAUCCGAUAUGGAUUCCGUCAGCUACCGAAUGCGAAUCUCCAGGAUUUUGUACUUCACAGCAUAUCACCCUCAAUCGUAGAUCAUGACAUCUCUGUUUUCUUCGAGUAUAAUCUUAAACUUAUUGGACAGGAGCACUCUCUGGAUGACUCCUGGCCAGGCGAAGAGAUUAUCAAAAGCCUGAUCCAGAUUGCAGGGGGAUUGUUCAUUUGGGCCGCAACCGCUUGUCGGUUCAUUCAAGAAGGUUAUCUCGCAGACGAAAGAGUGCAAAUUUUGCUAGAAGGCAGUACCUCUAUUCCUGCACCAGAAGAGCAUCCAGAAGUACACCUUAAUAAGCUCUAUACUACCGUCCUAAAGAAAUCUAUCCGGUCAGGUUACUCAGCAAAGGAGAAGGAAGCAUCGUAUGGCAUGCAAAGGCACAUUCUUGGAAGCAUCGUUGUUCUCUUCUCUCCGCUCUCUGCCAGCUCGCUUCACAGGCUGCUUAAUAUCACCAAGCAAAAGAUCGAUCAGGUGCUCAGGGAUCUUUAUGCGAUUCUAGACGUCCCUAAGGUCGACAUAUAUCCACUUCGCCUGCAUCACCCUUCGUUUCGCGACUUUCUUCUCGAUAAAAAGAGAUGCGGAGAUCCAAAUUUCUGGGUAGACGAGAAGGAAGCCCACCAAGUGUUAACCAACAGCUGUAUCCAGCUUAUGUCGUCAUCACUCAAGCAAGAUAUCUGUUGCGUAGAUGCCCCCGGCAUGCUUGUAGCCAAUGUCGAGAGAAGCCGAGUUGAAAAAAGCCUUCCUCCUGAAGUCCAGUACGCAUGUCUUUACUGGAUCCAGCACCUCCAGAAAAGCGGUGCUCGACUUUGCGAUAAUGGUCAAGUACAUCAAUUCUUGCAGGAGCAUCUUCUUCACUGGCUCGAGGCUCUUGGAUGGAUGGGGAAGGUGUCGGAAGGAGCUCAUGCUAUCGCGUCUAUAGAGCUAUUUACUUCCUUAAGUAAUUGCCCUGGCAUUUCAAGCUUUAUCCAUGAUGCGAAGCGGUUCGUCCUCUAUAAUCGGCCAGCUAUCGAGCAGGCUCCUCUUCAG